AUGGUUUCUGGGUCGACAAGGGUGAUACAAGUCACCAACAUCGCUCCCCAAGCGACUAAAGAUCAGAUGCAAACUUUGUUCGGAUAUUUAGGUAAAAUUGAUGAUAUCAGAUUGUAUCCAACAAUCAGAGAUGUCUCAUGUCCUGUACAGUCGCGGAUAUGCUAUGUGAAAUACUACGACUCAGCAACAGUAAAUGUGGCUCAACACAUGACUAACACUGUGUUCAUCGAUCGUGCGUUAAUCGUUAUACCAAUGCAGUCAGGUGAGAUUCCAGAUGAACAUAAAGCUCUUGAGAUGUCAAGCAAUGGGACCUUAGUGCCGGGGUUAAGUACCAUAGAGCCCCGUUUACCAGCACAUGUUGUUAAUACAUUAGAAGGCGUUCCACCGAAUCAAGUAAUUCAGACAUAUGAUCCAAAGAUGGCUGCAGCAGGACUUCCACCAUAUCCCCCGCUGCCUGCUGCUUAUGAUUCUAGAAAAAUUGAAGAAAUAAGAAGAACGGUGUUAGUUGUAGAUGUAGGUACAUUGACUCAGCAGCAACUAAUUGACCAUUUUUGUCAAGCUGGAGAAGUUAAUUAUUUAAGGUUUUGUGACCGAGAUGUUGACAAGUUAAAAUAUGCACUUAUUGAAAUGACUGAACAAGAAUGUGUGAUUAAGGCUUUACAAUUGAAUGGAACCACAAUUGAUGGGCAUGUUAUUAAGGUACAUCAUGCUACUCAAGCUAUAUGUAAGCCACAGACUAAAAGCAAUGAGGCAGCCCAAAGGGAGAUUGAAGAAGCCAUGUGUAGAGUGAAAGAAGCUCAGAACUACAUUUCUGCUGCAAUUGACCCAGUUAUUGGACUGUUGUCUAAGGACAAGAGAAGGACUCGAUCACGAUCUCGGUCUCGUCGCCGUUCCCGGUCCAGGUCACGUCGCUCUCGAUCAAGACAUCGAAGCAAGCGAUCUCGCUCGAGGUCUCGGCACCGUUCGCGUCGCUCCAGGUCUCGUCAUAGACAUCGUACUAGGUCUCGUUCACGUCAUCGUAGUUCCCGACGAUCUCGUUCUAGAUCUCGACAUCGAAGCUCGCGUUCUAAACGUGAUCGUUCACGUGAUCGCGAUCGUAAAGACCGGAAAAGUUCUAGUGAAAGAGACAAAGACAAAGAUAAAAAAGAAAAAUCUAAGUCGCCUAGUAAAGAUAUUGGUAAAGAAAUUGAGAAAGAUGGAAAAAAUAAAACAGAGGUUGUGCCUGACACCAACGGAAAUAGUUCUGAAACAAAAUCCAAGGCAUCGACGCCGGUGGAUGAUAGAGAAAAGGAAAGUGAUAAAGAAAAGGAAAAGGAUAAGGAUAAGGACAAAAGGGAUAAAGAUGAUAGGAAAGAUAAAGAUAAAUCCCCAACUAAAAGACGAGAACGCUCUAGAUCACGGGAUAAAAAGCGUGAUCGAUCGCGAUCUAAGCGUAGAUCACGAUCACGAUCCAGGAGAAAACGCUCAAAGUCUAGAAGGAGGUCGCGAUCUAAGGAAAGAAAACGGUCCCGUUCGAGGGAUAGGAAAAAAUCUAGAUCUCGUGAUCGGAAACGAUCUAAAUCUAGAGACCGAAAGAAGUCUAGAUCUAGAGAUAGAAAACGUUCAAAGUCCAGGGAUCGCAAGCGUUCUCGUUCUCGUGACCGGAAACGUUCCCGUUCACGCAGCCGACGUUCUAAGAGUCGCUCUCAUCGAGAUUCUAAAACACCACAUGAUAGAAAGUCUAGAGACCAAACUCCCCUUCCCACUGUUACCGAAGAAAAAGAAACGUCAAUAAUAGAAUCUAGAAUGAAUGACAUAAGUGAUGAAAAGAAUUCCCCAGAUAAUAUGGAUAUUUCAAACUCUCCAUAA